AUGUCUGAUCAACAAAGGGAUCACAACGAGCCGUUCGGCUCAAGACCCCGCACACCUACGUCCGAUUCGGAGCAGCAACCCUCCGCUCCCUCGACUUCACAUCAGGACAUCGCAAGACUCGAGAACGAUCUCAUUCCUUCGCCACCUGCUUCCGACCACGUCCAUUCGCACAACACUGAAAGCUCCUCAGCAGCUGCUGAUACGAGCUAUACGAAUGUCGACGGAUCAGCACGAGUCUAUCGCUUUCUCAACCAUCUACCUCCACGAUUCGCACGAUCGAACGCAGACUCAGACCCCAAUGAAAGGGUAGUCACGGUCCGUGAUCUGAGGACAAAGUCUUGUUGGAUUUGCUCAGAGGAAGAGGAAGAUCCUCCCGCACCGUCAUUCUCUUCCUCCAGCUCCGUCUCAACUUCAAGGCCUAGGCGCUUCGUUCACCCUUGCAACUGUACGCUCGUUGCGCACGAAAGCUGCUUGCUGCGCUGGAUCGACCAGAGCAAGCGUGACCACCCUUUGCAAUCCUACGUCACAUGUCCUCAGUGCAAAGCUCCGUACAUUCUCAUCAACAACAAGACUCCUCUACUCAGAGUGUUCGAGUUCUUCGACCGACUCGCCACACGCGUUGAGCCUAUCGGAGCCGUCACGCUGCUUGGAGGUUCAAUCUUGGUCGCAUGUACAACAUAUGGCUGCAUCGCUAUCCGCAUGCUCCUCGGCAAAGAUGCCGCUCGAAGGGCUCUCGCUUUACCCUGGCCAUGGCACUACUGGGUCGACAUCCCGCUCAUUCCUUUUGCAUUGAUCGCUUCGAGGCUGAACAUCUUCGAGUCCGCGAUGACAUGGGUGCCUACUUUGGUUGCAUUUCCGAUUGCAAGCAUUCCGAUGGCUACUGCGACUGCUGCUCAUGGCAGACUCUUUGACAGGUACCUCGAAUCGGGCAUCUUCAACGCCCGGGCAUACCCGCCCGGUCCGGCUCUGACUGCGCUUCUGGUGCCUUGGAUCCGAGUCUUCUACCUCGCCCUUAAGCGUAAAGUUUACCGCACAGUGCUGAGCCCCUUCUACGGCGGCCGACGCAGCAAUAGCAGCACGACUCGAAGUAAUGGAGGCAGGCACAACCGACGCCGUGUCAUCAUCGUUGGUGAACCGGAGACGUUCUUGGUCGACGGCGACGCUCCACUGGGAGACCAGCCAAUGCCAGAUGGCACAGGUGGACCCAUGCUCCAGAUCCGAGCUACACAAGAAGGCCGAGGAGAAGCACAAGACACAGCUGGAGACGAUGGGGAACCGACUCAAACAGUCUAUGUCAGCCAUCAUACGUUUGUACGACUCUGCCUCGACGCUCUCUCCCUGCCCUUCGUUGCAAACCUAAUGGGUCGUAUACUCGCCCGUCUUGCACACCUCUCACCUCUCUUGGUUCGAUUCCUAGGCAUGAAGAACGUUGCCACAUCCUCGGUCUUGUCGUCAUUCUAUACCACAAAAAGCACCCCAACAUUCACCACGAAGAAUGCAUCAACUCCGUCGCCAAUCGCAUCACUCUUCCGCGGUAACUUGCCUUACUUUGAUGCCGCAGCGGGAGAGGGGAAAUCGGACAAGAAGGAAUCCUUCUCCGAAAGACUCACGCUGUUAGGCUGUUCACCGAGAUACGACGAUCUGGAUCCGGUCUGGUUUAGAAACGCGGUGGGUGCAGCAAUCUACAUCCUGCUCAAGGAUGCAGGUAGUCUGUUGUACAGAUAUUUGAGGUUGACGCAGAGGAAUAAGACCGAGAUAAAGGAUUUGCCAUUUCGAGCUGGGUUGGUGGCCGGAUUGGAUCUGCGCCAGUAA